GUUGAUGUUGGCAAGACAACGGGGUCAGUGUCGUCCUUGAUGGCUUGACAGGUGCGUGACAGUUCAGCUCUCAGCAUGUACGCCAAAGGGAAAGGUUCUACUGUCCCCUCGGAUGCUCAAGCAAGAGAAAAACUUGCUCUUUAUGUUUAUGAAUAUUUACUCCAUGUUGGAGCACAGAAAUCAGCACAGACAUUCUUGUCAGAAAUCAGAUGGGAGAAAAACAUAACACUAGGAGAACCACCUGGGUUUCUUCACUCAUGGUGGUGUGUCUUCUGGGAUUUAUAUUGUGCAGCUCCAGAGAGGAGAGAAACCUGUGAUCACAGUAGUGAAGCUAAAGCAUUUCACGAUUAUGGUUUUGUAAAUUCAGGGUACAGUGUAAAUGGCAUGGCACCAAACGCAGCCGCUCCUAGUCCAUUGGGUCAAAUGCCUCCACAAGAUGGUAUGGCUGGAGGUCCAAUACCACCAAGUUUUUUUCCUCCUUUCAUGUCACCAAGAUACCCAGGCGGGCCAAGAGUACCAGUCAGAAUGCCAAACCAAGUAGAUUUUAACACAGGGCCUCCUGGGCCAGGCGGUGGUCAAAUGCCAAUGCCAAACAGUAUGGAUCCUCGACCAGAUGAACUACAUCAUGGAUUCCUAGGUCACCCUGGGAUGGGCCCAAUGCAGAGGAUGAGCCACCCAGGUGGGAGAAUGCCUGGCCCUAUGAAUCCUAUGUACGAUUCCUUACAGAGUUAUGGUGUUAGAGGCCCUCCACCCAAUUCAAGUAUGGGUCCGGGGCCUGGUCCAGGGGGAAUGCCACCUUUAUCUAUGCCAGGUGGACCAGGACCUCAGAAUAGAUGGCCGCUUUCAUCAUCGUCUAUGAAUUGUGCAUCACCAGCAAGUUAUAAUAUGAAUUGUGCAUCACCAGCAAAUUAUAAUGAUUAUGUGCCACAGGGCCCCCCACCAUCAGGAGGGCCCCCGGGCACCCCAAUAAUGCCUAGUCCUCAAGGUGAGAUGCGCAGAACUCCAACCUCAUACAGCCCUGUUAUCCACGAUUCAGGUGGUGGAGGCGACCCAAUGUACAUGAUGAAACAGGGACCACCUGGUAUGGGCAUGCCUGGGUUUCCAAUGGGUGGACCUGAUGGACCCAUGGGUCCAAUGGGACCAGGUGACAUGCCAUCUGUAAUGAAUGGUAAUUUAAUGAGUGAUAUGGAUGGAAUGAAGAACUCUCCGGCAAACGGUCGUGGAACACCUCGAGACGACAUGCCACCAGUGAGCAGUGUCGGGGGAGACAUGGGGCCCUACGGGCUAGGGGGCUAUCAGGACAGUGAGCAUAACGAGUCCGCGGCAAUCCUAAAGAUUAAAGAGUCCAUGCAGGAAGAGGCUAAACAGUUUGAAAAAGAGGAACCCAAUGAAUUCUUCAUGCAAUCCUAGCAACUUUGUUAUUUAUUAUAUAAUUUUUAAAAUCAUAAAUUUACUGAAGAAACACAAAACAUUUAUAUAUAUAUAUACAUAUAUAUUUAUAAAAGAUAUAUGAACAAUAAAUGUAUUGUGUUCUAGAGAUUUUAUAUUAUUAUACAGCGCUAAUACACAGAAAACUGAGAUUUCUUAAAUUGCUUAUUUAUUUUAGUGAGAAGACAGAAUGCUCUUUUUUAAAGUAUUAUUUUGCAAAAAUACUGAAGCUGGUGCCGUCUUAGUUAAACCUUCGGAUUAUUUCAAUAUUGUGGCCAGAAUUUGGACUAGUAGAGGUUGAAUAGUAUGCCUCAACUUUGACCUCUCAUGAAGUCUUUUUAUUUUUUAUCAUUUUGUUGCUAUGUCAGUAGUCUUUGCUUCACAUGCCUCAUUUAGUUUUCUUUCUUUUUUUUUUUUUUUUGCCUCAUAGUCUGAGCAUGGAAUGUUUUUUUUACCAUAUUUUUUGUUGAUAGACAUCCAGGGCAAAAAAUUCAUUUUAAAAAAAUUUCCCUUUUUUUCACCUUGGAUUAUUUGAUCCUGCUAGAUACCCAGCCCUCCCCCUUCCUUAUGAGAUAGUAGAAUUCAGUGAAUGAACCCCCUCUCUGACCCCCCAUUGUAGCCCUGUGAGACAUCAUUGAGUAACUCUAGAAGAUUGGUGCUGGGACAUCCAUCAUGGUAUUGGACAUGUCAUGUUAAACACAGUAAAUAUCAAAAUUGUCAACUUGCAACUAAACUGGUCCUUAUUUAUGUUCCCCGUAUUAUCUUAUUUAUUUUUUUAAUUUUUUUUUUACAUUGAGGGAUGGAGCAAAGACUUCCUCAUAUUUUUUUAGUAACAGAUCACUUGAGCAAAAAUUAUUUAAGCAACUUUUAACUGAAUGAGAAGUCCAUUGGCCUAAAAAUGAAGGUUUUUCUAGGUCAAGUACCAUCAGGAUUGUUUGAAUGAAAAGAUCAAAUUUUAUUUUUACCUAUGUGCUUGUUUUUCUUAACACUUUAAUGUCUGUAAAUUCAAAUCUGGGUUUUGCAGGGAAAUAUAAAGCCAUAUGCCCAUGCUUUAUCACAUUUUGAAACCCAACUUCAAAAUAUGUACUUUAAUUAUUUUUUUCUCUAUCAUAAAAAUUUGGGACUCUCUUAAAACUACUUUUCUUCUAAUGUUCUUUUUUAUUAAGAAAAGCGAAACUCCUCCUAAAUAAAAAAAAAAGUCCUACGCUAAUGGCUGUGAGCCGCUGCGUCCAAAUCUCUUAUUCAGUGUAGUAAUAAUUAAUCAUCUUUGCUUCAUUAACCAUAACAUUAACACUUGUUCAUCCAAAUCAUUUACAAAUAUUACUUUUUCAGUUAUAGCCAUUUUUUUCCCUUCUCUUUCUUCUUUUGUCUGCAUGUAUCUCUAAUUUUAAUAUAUUAUACUACUUACAAAUUCUAAGCUAUAAAUUUAGUAUGAAAUAGAUUCCUUAGGGUGAAAGUGGUGUUUUUUUCCCAACUUAUUCCUGUUAAAAAUUCAGCUAAAAUUAGUAUUUUCUUUUUUUUUUUAAAUUUCUCAAUUUUUUUUGUCUUCACUAUUGAAGCUAAGUUCCGUUAUUAUUACCCCUAAAAAUUAUUAUUAUUUAAAAAUGCAUCUGGCUUUAAAAUUCCUAGCUUCUCCCUAAAAGAAUUAUUGUAUUUUUUAAAACUCUGACAAUAGAUGUACUCUAUGUAUUUAAUAUUCUUGUUGAGCUUUUUUUCUGGUCUCACUGCUUACCACAAAUGUUCAGGCAGGGAUAUUACAGUAUUUGGUACAUUUUUUUUUUCAACCACCACACUAUGCACAACAUUGCACAAAUAGGUUUUAUUGUGCACGAUGGUGUAGAUAUUGGAAGUAGACAUUUGGGAAUGGGGUAGGCAACAACUUGUGGAUGCUGUCAACUUUUCCUUGGUUGUUAGCUUCUCUUGUGUGCUUUAUUCGCUCGCUCUUAAGUAUCAGUCACCAUUUCUGUUCAAGCCAGGCAUUUUAUUUUUUUUUAAACUGUUGCUUUCCUGGCACAAAACUGGCUAAUUCUUUGAAAGAAAAUGUAAAAGAAUAGAUUUGACAGUAGUGCAGGAAGGCAAUGCCAGCACACAGAGUGGUACACAGAGCGAUAGGGUAAACUGGUGUUGUUUUGUUGUUUGUGAUCAUCUUUGGUCUGUCAAAUUAUUUCUUCAUUGUUGUGACUAUGUUGGUAGAAGCAACCCACACCGCCAGGUCAUAGGAAUGAUUUUAAACCAAAAAAUUAAUGGCUAUUCUUCUUUUUAUAAAAACAAACUUAAACCUUUCAUUCUUUGUAGCAGGUCUAGUGAAAUACAAUAACUCUUGUGUUUAAUGUGUGUAUUGUCCAAUAUUUCAGAAGUGCAACGUGGAUUGGCUUUCUUAGUGAAGUGAUGAUCUGCCAUCUUUCUCGGUGUCACCUUGUACUAAUGCUAAAACAUGGUUUGUUUGUAUCAACAUAGAAGUUGACUAGACAGGUUUUAUUUUGAUAGCCAAUUUGACUGUCAGAAAAUUACUGGAAUUUUUUUUCUAUUGUAGAGUUUCUCUAGUUAGUAACUAAAAACUGUAUUUCUUUGUAUUAGUUAAUUUUUUAGACUAUUCAAAUGUUUUGUCUUAUGUGAGGUAAAGCAACCAAAGGAAAAGGUAGCAUUCAUUUGAUACAAGCACAUUUAUCUAGUUAUCUGACAGCAGUGCGCCCAGAGAGAAGGCUCACAUAAACAGAAAUUAAAUCAUUGUUUGUAACAUUGUCAUUGUAUUAGUAAAGUGUGGGUCUACUGCACCUUCAUUUUUUGACCACUCAAAUACUUGGUACAUCAACCCAGAUUUUUUUAUCUUACCAGCCGCAGUGUAGAUAUUUUGAGUGUUAAAAGCUGACUGAGAUUAGGGCAUUAUAAUUUUAUGAAUAGAACGUUAGUCAUACUGAAGUAUCAUUUUUCACACUUUAAAUAAAAUUCUGAUCUGAAGACAGGGAUAAACUUAAAUCCAAAGGGUGCGAGUCUUUCAUAAUUUAAUAUUUGUGUGCAUAAAAUUUUUUAAUUCUUUUGGCCAUGCUAGUGAGUUGCUAGUUAAAGAAAAAGUAGAAUUCACACCUUUUUUCCUUUCUAAAAUCAUAAUUUCAUCUCCAUUUGAAAACUUGUCAGUCUUUACAUAAUAUACGUUUCUUAGCAUCAUGAAAAGAGUGGGUGGGUCUAAAAGCUAAACAAUCUCCAAACCAUUUAAAUAAAAUAAUAUCCCUGGAAAGUUUCUUUGCUGUAUGUUCUUGUGUUUCCUAUCUUGGAUCUGUUUACCAUUUUUGCUUGAUAUUUUUUAGAAGGGGAAAUAAUCUGCUCAUUCUCGCUUAUUUUUAUAUAUACGACAUGCGCUUGCAUCAAUAACAAGUCAUUAACAGCUACAAUCAUUUCAUGUCAUUUUUUUUGUAACUUAUAAUUUUUCUGUUUUAUGGCACAAUCUUGUUUGUUUUAAUUUAAAUUCUUUGAAAGAAUAGCGUGUAUGUGUGUUAUAGUUGUAAUAUUAUCAUUAUCAAAUGUAGUGCUGUUAGUAAACAGUUAAAAUGUGCAUGUGCCAACAUGCACUCCAAUGCCAGGAGCAUGAUUCUAAUGAUUCUUUUAUUAGAUAUUUCACAAAGUUUUUGUUUAGCUUAAAGAUUAAAGCAUAUAUUUCAUAGAUUGAUAUGUACAAUGUAAUAUAUAUAUUUUUAAGGGGGAAAAAAGCAAUUGUGAUGUUUAACAAAUAGUGUAAAAAUUAAAUAGCUUGUGUAAUUUUAGAUUAGCAGUUUUAGAUUGUGCCUUGUUUCUGUGUGAGUAUGAAUCUUAGUAAUUCCUCACUUUCUAUGAUUAGUUGUAAUUCUAAGCAGAUAUUUUAUGUUCUUGUAGCUUUGUUCAUUUUUAAUAAUUCUGAUGUAUUUUAAAAGAAAUUUUUAAUUUUUUAAAAUUCUGGAAUUAGCUGCAUUGAGCUAGCCUCGAGAAUGACCACUAAUCAUUGGAAGAUGUUGCCUGGUGUCAACUUAAAGAUGAUUAUUUGCUCAUUACGUUUGCUUUUGUUUGCCUAACUUGCCUUUGGAGGUCAGGACAUUGUUAUAUUUAAAAAAUGUCCGUUGUGUAUCUCACUGUUUACAAGGUUGUUUUUAUUUUUGGUAUACAUGCAGGGUCAAGAAAAAUUUGGAUUGUUUUACAUAUCAGUUUUGGGGGAGGGCGGGAAUCUUUGUGAUACAAAAAAAUAAAUAUUUUAGCCUUUUUUUUUUUUUUUUAAAUAAGUCACAGUAAGCUUGGUUUUAAAUUAUUUGAUUUUAACAUUUUGCUAGCAUUUUUUUUAGCUGCAGUGAUUAUAGUUCUUAUUAAUAGUCCUGUCAUUUUACUUGGGCAUCUUGAGUGCAUUUUUUCUUAUUUUAUUUUUUUUUUUUUCAAGAUGGAAGUCAGUGAAACAUUUGCGUAUUUUUUGUUUUGGGAAAGUGCAGUCUCUCCCUGUCGUGUAAAAUAAGUGUUGUACUACACCGUCUGAUUGGCCCAUUUCAUGGGAAUCUCUUGGCUUAUUUAAUGAUAUUGAAACUCAUUUAUUUAGAGGGGUUUUGUACAAAUGAUUCUCACAUCUGCCCUCACCAGAAUAUUUUUCCUUCACACCAGAAUCUUGUUUUACCUCAUUGUCUGAUCAUCAUUGCCAUGAAAUAACAGUAUCCUCAGUUGUCCAUAUUUAUCAUUGAAACCCUCAUUUUAAACUAUAACCACAUUGGGGUAUGACACUAGUUUUCAGUCAUACUCUCAUUAUUCAUUCAUCAAAAUGUGUUACAAUUUUUAUUGACUAUUUAUUGCUAUGAUGCAUUUUUUUUUUUUUAAAUUUUAGUUCUCAUCUGGGACUUGGUAUUUUUUUAAUGACUUGUUAAUAUGUAAUAAUUUAUUUUUUUUCUUCCCUUGUUUGUGUAUUUCACAACAUUGACUUGGAUGUACAUUACAUAUUUUUAUUGUCAGUGUUACCAUUAUUAUGAUUAUUAUUGGAAAAUGAUGGUUUACGUUUGUAUAUAAAUUGUCCGUUGUUAAUACGUGCUAAGUGAGCAAAACAGGAUGUUUUGAAAAAAAAUGUCUGAGCCCUCUUGAAAUUUGUGGAGAUUCAAAACAAAAUUCAUCAAUGACUAUUCAUACAAAGAGAUUGUUUUUUUUUUUAAUCAUUCAUUAUUUCUUAGUAAUUACACUUUUUAAAAACAGAAAAUGUAUCAUGUUUGCUUUUGUUUGAUGUUUUAUAAUAUAUUUUUUUGGGGACAACAAUCAAAAUAUUUCAUGGCAAUAUCUCAGAGAUUCAUUUAUUUAUGAGGUAUGGAUGUUUUAGUUGUUGGAAUCCAUUUGAUACAUAGCUGCUUUGUUUUUUUUUUCUCAGACAACACAUGGGCUUUUGCAAUACAAUUGCCAAUUAUUUUUUUUAUUAUUUUAUUGUUCUUGUCACAUUUUAUUAGUCUGGAAAAUUUGGGAUUUAGUCUACAAACAUUUUUUUAGGACAAAGUAUGAAGCAAGAAGCAUUUUGUUUGGAUCAGUGUUGAUGGUUGUGAGUUGGUGGCUCUCAUGAAUCAACUACCAGAUCAAUUCAAAGUAAAGCGUUUGAAAUAGUCUCUGCCAGAUACAAGUGUGGAACCAUUCUGUCAAUGGGAUCAAUAAAUUGUUUUUUUUUUAUAUCCGAAUGUAUCAUAGCAGAGCUUGUGUUUGGGAUGGACACAAUACCUGUUGUGUGUUUGGGAUGAAUGGAGAGCAGGUGUGUAUAUAAGAGAACAAUGUGCAGCGUGGCAAGUCUGGUUGAUGAGUGGUGUGCCUGAUCAAGUUGUGCGUCUUUUUGUUUUGCUUGUUAUGUCAUUCAAAUCUCUGGCUUCUUUUGUACAUUUUUCCCUCAUUCAUUUUUGUGUAGUUUCAGAGGGCUCAAAUAAAAUAUUUGUCCAAUGU